AUGUCGCAAGAUUCACUCAAGUAUUCAGCUCCCAAAUCUUUUGUGGAUUCCUCCUUUUUCCAGAAACUAUCAAAUUUGAAACUAGAUAAGUUCAAGCUUGAUUCAACAAAGAAAGACAUACACGCGGUUUACAACAUCAAAUCAAUUCCUCAAAACGAGAGUCCCGCAAUAUCAUUAGCAGCUGCUAGUUUCGAUGAGCCAAAUGAAUCGUUAUACCCAACAAACUCCGUAUUAUUUGCCCCAGGUUUCAUUACAAAUUUCAACACAAUUGAAGAGUUUAAGGCAUUAGAUAAGGCCCAAUUCUUGAAAGCAUCAGGCGAAGCAAUCAUUCAGAGUAUUGAAAACAAAGAAGUAUUACAAAACCCAUCAUUAUUGAAUAGAUUUGAUGUUAUCAGUUUUGCUGAUUUAAAGAAAUUCAAAUUCUACUAUUGGGUUGCCUUCCUUACUUUGAGUUCACAUUGGAGUAUAAAGAGUAAGCAACCAAUACCAUCAAUUUCAAAUGAGAUAUUGCAAUGGAUUUCAAGUAGUGGUGCUACAAAAAAGGGAUAUUUCAUUGUGAAAGAUAAUGAGGCACUUCCUUUAACUGAUAUUGAUACAACUGAAGAUGAAAUCACAGUAGGGUUUGUUGAUUCGUGUGUGAUUGAAGACAGACCAUCAAAAUUUGCUCAAAACUUUUUGACUGCUCUAUCUAUUUAUGGAUUCAAAAAAGUUCAUCUAAAUGUAUAUAGACUUUCUGGUACUAGCUACACACUGGACUUGGAGAAUACGGAUACUGAAGUGGGAAAAGUAACAGGCUGGGAGCGUACUGCUCAAGGUAAACUGGGCCCUAAAUUAGCUGACCUUGGUUCCUUGAUUGAUCCUGUUCAACUUUCUGAACAAUCGGUUGAUUUGAAUUUAAAAUUGAUGAAGUGGAGAGUUGCCCCAGAAAUUGAUCUAGAUAUAAUUAAAGACACCAAGGCUUUACUAUUGGGAGCUGGUACUCUAGGCAGUUAUGUUGCAAGAGCAUUGCUUGGAUGGGGUGUUCGCAAUGUUACAUUUGUGGAUAAUGGGAAAAUAUCAUUUUCAAACCCAGUUCGUCAACCAUUAUUUAAUUUUGAAGAUGUUGGAGAGAAAAAGGCCCUUAAAGCUGCUGAAUCACUCAAAAAGAUUUUCCCAUUAGUUAAUGCUAAUGGGUAUGAGCUUGAAAUACCAAUGGCUGGUCAUCCAGUGACCAAUGAUGAGAAACAAAAACAAGAUUUUGAAAUGUUGGAUAAACUUAUUGAGUUGCAUGACGUUGUGUUCCUUUUGACUGAUUCAAGAGAAGCAAGAUGGCUACCAACAUUGAUCGGUAACGUGAAGAAGAAGAUUGUUAUAAAUGCUGCCUUGGGGUUCGAUAGUUAUCUUGUCAUGAGACAUGGUGUUGAAGGGAACCUAGGCUGCUAUUUCUGUAAUGAUGUUGUGGCGCCAACUGAUAGCUUGACAGACAGAACUUUAGACCAAAUGUGUACUGUCACAAGACCCGGGAUAGCAUUACUUGCUUCAUCUUUAGCAGUUGAAUUGUUGGUUUCCAUUCUUCAACAUCCUGAAAAACAUUACGCAAAUGCUAAUACUGACACAAUCCUUGGUAAGCUCCCACAUCAACUUAGAGGGUUUUUAGGAAACUUUGAUACAAAGAAACUAGAAACUCCAGCUUAUGAAUAUUGUUCAGCUUGUUCUAAACCAAUACAAGAAGGUUAUGAAGAAGGAGGCUGGGAUUUUGUUGCAAGAGCAUUAAAUGAGCCACAAUAUCUAGAAAAUGUGAGUGGAUUGACAGAAGUGCAAAGACAAGCCGAAGAGGCAGUUGCAGACCUUGAAGAAGAUUUCUCUGAUGAAGAAUGGAAAUGA